GGCUGCUUCGGGAGUGCAGUCAUGACGUCAUCUUACGGUAGAACAACCCCGUAGUCAAAUGCUGCAGAUUGCCGCCACCCCCAAUGCCCCCAUCCCAUGCCGCCCUCCUCCCCGUCUCUCCGCCUCUUCUUCUCCCGCCGCCGCCCUAUCGCUCCGCACCACCAGCACCAUCUCCGCCGCCGCCAUAGCCUCUCCGCCUCCGGCCCCGCCGCGGCCGCUGCCGUCCCACCUCCCUCCCGCAACCGCGCCGCGCGCCUAGCCGCGGCCGUCCACGGCGCGGUCGCGUCCAAGAACUUUGCGCACGCCAUCCGUUUGACGAAAUCCCUCGUCCAGGUCCCCACUUCCUUCCCCGGCCGGAGUUCUGCUUCCACAGCCGCCGGCGCCGGCGCCGCAUUCGCGGCUCUCUCCUCCACCUCCGCCUCCCCUGCCCCCGCCCUCGGCGUGCUCGUCAUCGCCCUCUCCCAGAUGGGGCUGCUCGACGAGGCGCUGUACGUGUUCCGGCGCUUGUGGACGCUGCCGGCGCUGCCAGCGUGCAACGCGGUCCUGGACGGGCUCGUGAAAGCACGCAGGUCUCGGUGCGCUUGGGAGCUGUUCGACGAAAUGCUUAGACGGGGCAUGGUGCCCAGUGUGGUCACGUACAAUACUCUUAUCAAUGCAUGCCGGUACCAGGGUGCUGUGGCCAAGGCUCAGGAGAUGUGGGAUCAGAUGGUGGCACGGCAGAUUGAUCCGAACGUGAUCACAUACACGUCGAUGAUAUGUGUGCUUUGUGAAGAGGGCUGCAUUGGUGAUGCUGAGCGGUUGUUUGAUGCUAUGAAGGAAGCAGGGAUGCGGCCUAAUCAGUAUACAUACAAUGUGCUGAUGAGCGGUCACUGUCAGGGAGAUGAUGUCAACAGUGCAUUUGUGUUAUACCAGGAAUUGCUGAAUAGUGGCCUCAUUCCAAAUGCUGUUGUCUUUACAACCCUGAUUGACGGUUUCUGUAAAGCGAAGAGGUUCAGUGAAGCAAAAGAUAUGUUUCGUGACAUGCCCAGGUUUGGGGUUGCUCCUACCGUUCCUGUGUACAACAGUUUGAUGGAUGGGGCUUUCAGGUCUGGAGAUGCACAAGAAGCAUUGUCACUUUAUCAGGAGAUGACUCGCUUAGGUUUGUGCCCAGAUGAGUUCACCUGCAGCAUUGUUGUGAGAGGCCUUUGUGAUGGAGGACAAAUACAGGUAGCGGCCAGGUUUCUUGAAGGUGUGAGGGAAGAUGGUGUUAAUCUGAAUGCAGCUGCUUACAAUGCACUGAUUGAUGAGUACUGCAGGAAUGGGAAUUUGGAGGAAGCGCUAGCAACAUGCACUAGAAUGACCGAGGUUGGAGUUGAGCCCAAUGUGGUGUCAUACUCCUCCUUGAUAGACGGGCACUCAAAACUAGGGAAGAUGCAAAUAGCAAUGGCUAUAUACACUGAGAUGGUAGCUAAAGGGAUUGAGCCUAAUGUGGUCACAUACACUGCUCUUAUUCAUGGCCAUGCCAAGAAUGGUGGCAUAGAUGCUGCUUUUCGUUUCCACAAGGAAAUGAUAGAGAAUGGUAUUUCACCUAAUGCUAUUACAGUGUCAGUUCUUGUUGAUGGUCUGUGCAGAGAGAAUAGAGUUCAGGAUGCGGUCAGGUUUGUGAUGGAGCACUCAGGGAUAAAGUACAGUGAUAUUCAUUCUUUCUUCUCAAACUUUACAACUGAAGAGGAACCUUUAAUUCCAAAUAGUGCAAUAUAUAUGACCUUGAUAUAUGGCCUGUAUUUAGACGGCCAACACUAUGAAGCUGGCAAGCUUUUCUCCUACAUGAGAAAAUCAGGUAUGAUCUCUGAUAGCUUCACCUAUACACUACUGAUACGAGGGCAGUGCAUGCUUGGCUAUGUCUUGAAUGCCAUGAUGCUCUAUGCUGAUAUGAUGAAGAUUGGUGUUAAACCAAUGAGGUACAAGAUAAUCUGCCCUGAGAUUUGGUCAUGGGAACCAUUGAAUGACCCCCAAACUGUUGUAAGUUAAGAAUUGGCUUCUACAUUUUCAGAGCAAAAGCGAGUUCACAGGUUGUGGAACCUUUCAGCUUGUCACAGGCUCGGUCAUCAAUAUGACACACCAUUUUGCUACAUCUGUGCUAACAUUGAAAGUUCGCUAUUUGGAAAGCCCCCUGCUUAUUGACCUUGUUCUGAAGACAAAUGAAAAUUUGAAGCCACUGGAUUUGAUUUUUAAUUGCUACCACGGCUGAAAGUAUUGUUCGCUGAUUUGUUGUGAGAAAAAAACACUUCAUUCGCUGAAAUAGUACGACUCAUAAGACAGCGAACAGGCUUCCCUGUGACAUGAUCAGCAACAAUGCUGAUUAAUAGGAACUGGAGAAGAUGGCUGUGAUGAGGUUUGAAGCCAAACCAUUGCAAAUGACAUAUGCACAAGCCCAUCAUGCACUCGCAGCUGGUUGCUAUACUGGGACUAGCUCUCCACUAGGGAUGACCCUGGCUUGUAUGAAGAAGGAUGUACAUGUAGAUGCAAGUAUGCAACAUAUGCUGCACUUGCAGAGAUUUAUUUUGGCCUUUCUCGUUUUGAUGUGGAUUGACAUGGAUUGAGAGGUAUUGGUAGGGAAUUGAACUAUAUUCCUUGACAUUCACUGCCAACGCCUGCACAAGCAAAAAGGCCUCAUAGAUACUGUACAGAUUUUAGUCAAGUUUGUUGGCAUAUGCACUAGACAGGACGUCCAAUCUUUAGUUAAGUGAAUGUUAAUUUAACUGUUCACCUGAUGUGACCAUCAGUGAUGAACUGAUGAUCAUGUUUUUUAAAAAAAUGUUGAUGAUGAUGUCA